AUGGCCUAUGCUGAUCCUGUUAACUGUGGGGCUCUCUCGGCCGCUUUCACCAUCGCCGAUUCCUUGGGCUUUCGACUUUUCUUUUCCUUCGACUACGCGGGCAACGGUCCCUGGCCUGAAGAUGAGGUCCUCGACUAUAUCAACACCUGUGGAUCCAACAGUGCCUAUUAUCAAUACAACGGCCAGCCACUAGUUUCCACGUUUGAAGGGCCCAAUAAUUCUGAUGACUGGGUAGGCAUCAAGAAGGAGACCAAUUGCUUUCUCAUUCCAGAUUGGUCCUCCCUCGGAGCAAAGGCUGCCAUGAAAAAAGGGGGUCCCCAGGAGAUGAAUACAUACGUGGACGCCUCAUACAGAGAUUACCUCAGUGGCCUGCCUUACAUGAUGCCUGUCUCCCCUUGGUUCUACACCAACCUUCCUGGCUAUAACAAAAACUGGAUGUGGCGCAGCGACAAUCUUUGGUAUGACCGUUGGCAGGAAGUUUGGUAUCUGCAGCCAGAAUUCGUGGAGAUCUUGACUUGGAAUGAUUACGGCGAGUCGCACUAUAUCGGUCCCAUCUACGAAAAGGCUCUGUCCCCUAUGCACAUUGGUGAGGCACCCUUCAACUAUGUGGAAAAUAUGCCUCACGAUGGCUGGCGUUUGUUCCUGCCAUUUGUAAUCGACAUGUACAAGCAAAACGUCACCACCGUCACUCAGGAGGGACUGGUGACAUGGUUCCGACCACAGCCUAUCGGGGCCUGUGAUGGCGGCAAUACAACGAUUAACACUGCGAGUCAGCUUGAGAUAAAAUUCGAUCCUGCCAGUGUACUGACCGAUAAGAUCUUUUUGUCUGCCCUCCUCGGAUCCAGUGCCGACAUCUCCAUCACUGUUGGUGGCAGCCCCUUGAGCGGAGUAACAUGGAUGCACAAGCCCAGUGGUGGAGUGGGCAUCUACCAUGGCAGUGCAACUUAUACUGGCACAGGCGCCGUCGUGGUGACCAUCAAUCGCAACGGUGAAACCAUUGCCGAGGUCACUGAAGGUUCCAUCUCCGCCACAUGUAAUGACGGCUUUCAAAAUUGGAACGCGUGGGUUGGAAGUGCCUCCUCUAGCAAUACUAUCUCAGCCAAACCUCCCUCCCUCUCCAAUGACACUUGUGUCGAAGGCACGGGUACUGGUAAUUUUGCCGGACUAUGCGAAUACUCAUGUCAAUACGGCCACUGCCCCGUCGGCGCCUGUUACUGCACCAAAAUGGGCCCUGCUGCCACCCUUCCCAACGCUACAAACACCAUCGGAUACCCUGCGGCUGGCGAGGAUGCCAAUUAUAGUGGCUUGUGUAGCUUCGACUGCAAUUACGGGUACUGUCCUGACGGUGCGUGCGGCACAGUUGACGUGCCCUUGUCUGCUCCCACCAGCUCACCCUUCACCCCCUCCGCUUGUGUGGCAGGUGAAGGAGAGGGUGGCUUGGCUGGCUUGUGUUCGUAUGCUUGCAAUUAUGGCUACUGCCCAAUCAACUCGUGCACGUGUACAGCAGAGGGUGUCUUAAUUGACGCCCCGGCGGCAAAUUCCAGUCUUACGGGGGUACCCGCGGAUAAUGUUGACUACAACAAGUACCAUGGACUGUGCGAUUUUGCCUGCAGUCGAGGAUACUGCCCGGAGGGAGCCUGUGUUCUGUCCUCUAAUGCAGGAUCUAGCUCCUCUAGUGUGGGCCAUGAUUCGGGCUCCUCUUCCUCAAGUACAUCGAAUGCGACCGUUGUCUACAUCGAUUCCGGCGUGUGGUCCAAUCCAGAUGCCUCGUGCGAGAUGCCUUGCACCAUGGUGCUGCCCGACAUUACUCUCACGACGACCACGACUAUCACGCGGCCUCCGUAUACGACAACAGUGGAAGUCCAGUGGACAACCACCACAAGGUGGCUGAAUCUACCGUGGUCUCCCUUCCUCUUCACCACCACCGGCUUUCCGGUUUCGAACUUGGUACUUCACACGGGUGGUACUUACCUCCCCACGCCGCGACUCCCUCCAACGACGGUGACAAUUGACGAUGACCCUAACCCCCUUGACGAGCCUGGUGUCACCCAUACUCCCAGGAAUCGCACGAUAAUCAUCCCCCCAUAUCCCUGGGAUACCUCCGUGUAUGGCAGCAGCUCAAGUAGAGACGAUGAUCUCGUCCUUCCUAAGCCUCCAUCGAUCGUUAUCACCGACGGGCCUACCAGUCCUAAGUGCCCAGGUAAAUGCAGCGGCACAGUAUGCAACGAUCUUUUCUGUAACUGCUCCUGGGACUGUCCGCAUACAGGCUACUCUUACGAUAGCGAUACCAGCUCGGGGAAGAACAGCGACGGCUCCGAUGGUGAUUCCGGGAGCUCCUCUGGCAGUAGCACAAACAAGCCAGGAUCUGAUAACAACGGUGAUGACACCAGUAGCUCGGGCUCUUCCAGUGGCAGCAGUGUUAACAACGGCCCGGACCCCAACGCGGGCAACGACGACACAAACGAAAAACAAACCGCGACGGAGACUUCAACCUCAUCCGAAUCCUGCUACUCGGUGUCCCCAGACGAUGACCAGGGCGAAGACGGUGGAGCCUGGCCGGAUAGUAUUCUCUCCAGCAUCAGGAGUUCUGGUUGGCCUGGAUUGGCCAGUGCCAUGGGCAUCACCACAGACACUAGUGCAGGCACACACACCCAGGUGAUCUAUAGUGGUACGGCAUCCGCUCUUACCCGCACUACCGCCACCACCACCACAGCAUCCAAGACCUCCACAUCUUCCUCCACCAAGAGUGCUCCCACAUCCACCAAAACCGCCCUUCCAAAGUAUGGCACCUCGUCUGCAUGGGCACUCUUCCUUCGCGAAGUCGACUCCUCGUCCGGGGUCACCUACACGUUGCUAGCCCACGAGUACGAGGCUGAAGGUUUCGCCGAGGACCAUUGCACAAUGGAAGAGACCUGGAUGGAGAGCGUCAACUCUGGCAAUAAGGAGAUCACCAGUUUGACGGGUCUUACAGUUUAA